GCUCUUAAAGUUAUGUACUUACUUGAUUCCUGUGGUCUAUGUCUAGUACCAUCAGGUUGAAUACACUUAUUGAAAGUCGCUUUGGACAAAAGCGUCAGCUAAAUGACAUGUAAUGUAAUGUAAUGUAAUACAUUGAUUGGGUAAAGCUGCAGUUUCGGUCACACAAAGCAACUUUAACCACCAACUCCUAUUGCUUGAGUCCUUUCUCGCUGGGAUGUGGGACACCACAGGGUUGCCCUCUGAGUCCCUUAUUAUUUGCUCUCCCCAUCGAGCCCUUAGCUGAGCUAAUAAGAUCAACACCAGCAAUUAAAGGUUUUCUGGUCAAUGGUAAAACACAUGGAAAGUCUCUGUAUGCAGUCGAUGUACUUCUGUACCUGGUCGACAUUGACACUACGAUUCCGAAUCUACUUGACUGUCUGCAGCAGUUUGGACACAUUUCAGGCUUUGAAGUGAAUUUAACUAAAACUGAAGCCAUGCCUGUGCGAGCCCUAGCAGGCUCUGCCCCACCUCGUGGCUUUCCUUUCCACUGGUCACCUAAGGAGAUAACAUAUCUCGUAAUUAAAAUUGGCCCCUCCCUUAGAAAAUUGAUCAAGCUUAAUCUUAGCCCAAUUACACUGCGCAUCAGGGAAGACCUGCACAGAUGGGGAACUUUACCUGUGUCUUGGUUGGGAAGGAAAAACGCGCUUAAAAUGAAUAUUUUGCCUAGGUUGUUGUACCCACUACAAAUGCUGCCAACUCAAUUCCUAAUAACUUCUUUAGCAAUUUGGAUAAAUUAUUUACACAGUUCAUAGGGCAAAAGGGUCAGGAUGAAAAUAGGCAGGCUGCAGAGACAUAAAGAUAAUGGUGGACUAGAUGCCCCAAACAUAUGCUUUUAUUAUUGGGAAGCUCAAAUGAGGUGUAUAUAUACGAAAGGGUAAACCCAGACGUAACUAAUACAUGGAUUGAUAUUGAAUCCAGAAACUAUGGUAUGCUGACGUUCAAGGUUUGCCCCUUUGUGAGUCAUAAAAAAGCAAAACAGGAGGUUCAAAAUAAUUUCAUUGUUUUGAAUACAUGGAACAAAAUCAAGGUUCAUUUCAAACUUAAAAAACAUAUAUUGCAGAAAAUGUGUUUAAAAAAGUAAUUGUGUAGUCAUCAUAAAAAUAGAAACCAAUGAGUGGUAAGAGAAUUAUUAGUAAAUGAUGAAUGAAUAAGAACAAUGAAAUCAACGAUGACCUUCUUCUGCCUCCUCAUCACUCAAUUCAAUUAAAUUGGCAUUAAAGUUCAGAUAACAAUAUUUCCCAAAGCAUCAAAAUACAACAAUAUUACCACCAUAUUUUGGGAUGUCCAAAAAAUGACCCCCUCAAAAAAAAAGUAAUAAGAUUUUUGUCAAAAAUGGUCAGAUUUUAAAAUGCCUAAAAAUGCUUAAAAUUGAUCCAUUCUGGUCUGUUGUAUGUAAUAUGUACAUAUUAGUGCAUAAUAUGGCCAGAAAUGACAGAAAAACACCAUAUUAUGGGAUGUCCAAAAAAUGAAAAAAAAAAAGUCAUACUAUAGUAUAGCAUAGAUUUUUGUCAAAAAUUGUCAAAUUUGUUCUUAAAAAUUCAAGAAAAAAAUUGCCAUAGUAUAGUAUGUCGAAAAAGGGAGAAAAAAUGGUCAUUGUGUAUUUUGUCCAAAAAUACCAAAAAACACAGUAGUAUAGCAUGUUGGUCACACCAUUGAUCCAUUGAUCAUGGUAAUAGUAUAGCAUGUAAAAAUAUAUGGAAAACAGUUAUUGUGUAUUUUGUCCAAAAAUGCAAAAAAAAAAAAGUACAGUAGAAUACACAGUAAAUAAAGAUUAUUAUGAUUGGGUUUGGAUUGGGACUAUACAGUGGUGUAGUCCAAAAAAACAUGCAGCUUAGGUUUGAUUGGUGACUCUAAAUUGCCCGUAGGAGUGAAUGAGAGCAUGAAUGGUUGUCUGUCUUUAUGUGUCAGCCCUGUGAGAGUCUGGAGACCAGUCCAGGGUGGACCCCGCCUCAAAUGCCGAUAAGUGGGGAGGAGGUUUUCAUUGAAGACUUUGAUCUGAAUAGCUCUCAGUGGAAAAACCCCAACUCAGCCACAAAGGGACUGAUUCCUGGAUACAGCAGUUACAACUUCACAAUGAGACUCUUUUACCUGCUUUGGCUUUUUUUCCUGCUGCUGAAUGUUGACAAAUCUUUACAACAGGAUGAGGUGACAUGCAUCAGCCGAAAACCAGAACAUGUGAAAUACUGGGGUGUGAGUCGUUGGAGAUCCAUGAAAUUGGAUGAGACUAUAAGUUAUUCGUGUCAGGAAGGCUACAAGACGACAGCUGUUAACAAACGGGCCAAAUGCACCAGAAAUGGGUGGACGCCAAAUCCACUUUGUGAAGAGCUUGUGAGUUGUGGGACCCCACCACCCCUUAAGGAUGGAGACAUCAAGUACUCGAUAGAAACACAGUACAGCCACAAUGAACGAGUUGAAUACCAAUGUCAGAGCCGCUACACCAUGGAGGGAGGGCCAAACAGAACCUGCAUCAAUGGUGAAUGGACCGGACACAUGAGAUGCCUCGAACCCUGUAUUGUGAAUGAAGACGACCAUAGACAACAUAACAUUACUUUAAAAUCUAAUGGCAGUAGAUAUUUCUCUCAUGAUGAAAUAAUUGAUUACAGGUGUGCCAGAGGAAUACCUGUCGGUGCUAUAGCGAUGCGUCAGAGGUGUAAUAGUGGUGUGCUUCUUCUGCCUUCUUGCCAGUGAGAGUUUGACUGUCGUCAGCUGUGGCAGCAUUAAUAAAACACAUGAUCUGUC